GUGGGUGCGGCGAUGCUGGCAGCGGGAUGCGCCGCGCGCAUGACGACCAAGGGCAAGGGCCAGCGAAAGGCUGUGAAGGUGUCGGCGGUGAGCACUGACACUGAGGUUGAGACCGACUGCAUCAACUCCAUCCGCUUCCUGGCCGUGGAUGCGGUGAACAAGGCCAACUCCGGCCAUCCGGGUGCUCCUAUGGGUCAAGCACCAAUCGGCUACCUGCUCUUCGCAGAAGAGAUGGCCUACAACCCCAAGGAUCCCACCUGGGUCAAUCGGGACCGCUUCGUGCUGUCCUCCGGCCACGGAUGCAUGCUGCAGUACUCCCUGCUGCACUUGGCGGGAUACGACAGCGUGGCCAUGGAUGACCUGAAGCAGUUCAGGCAGUGGGGCUCCAAGACGCCGGGCCACCCGGAGAAUUUCGAAGCUCCGCUG